UCAAUUCUACUUUUGCUGUUAAUUUUCGUUGGGCCUGAAAACCUAACAUGCGUGAGAUGAAACAAAGAUAUCGUUCUUGUUCUUGUUCACUAUCCAUUAAUACUCCUAACAUUUCCCGCUAGACAGCCUCAAUUUGCCAUUUCUAAUUUUGAAGCCAAUCCAUCGCUUUUCACUUGAGGGAUUAUACUUAUCCACUCUCCAUAGUGAGUUGGCUGAGUGGCUAGACUCGUUUAUUGCCCCCACCAAAACACGACCAUGCGUAAACGCCCACAGAGAAGCUAAUAUCUGUGUGCACAGCCUGGACCAUACCCACUGCACAUCCUUAGUCACCGCGGUUUUCUUCCUCUCAAGAAAUCUCAUUAUUUCAAAGCGUUACUCUCAAAACAAAGUGGACUGUAGAGAGGAUGGGUAAUCUGUUUUGCUGCGUGCAAGUUGACCAGUCUACAGUAGCUAUCAAGGAGAGAUUUGGGAAAUUUGAUGAAGUUCUUGAGCCUGGAUGCCAUUGCCUACCUUGGAUUUUUGGAAGCCAGCUUGCAGGCCAUUUGUCACUGAGGUUGCAGCAGUUGGAUGUUCGUUGUGAGACCAAGACAAAGGACAAUGUUUUUGUUAAUGUUGUUGCAUCUAUUCAAUACCGAGCUCUGGCAGAUAAAGCAAGUGAUGCUUUCUACAAACUGAGCAACACAAGAAUCCAAAUCCAGGCCUAUGUUUUUGAUGUUAUUAGGGCAAGUGUUCCAAAACUUGAUCUUGAUGAUGCUUUUGAGCAGAAGAAUGAAAUUGCCAAAGCCGUGGAAGAUGAACUUGAAAAGGCUAUGUCUGCUUAUGGAUAUGAAAUUGUGCAAACACUCAUUGUUGAUAUAGAACCAGAUGAACAUGUGAAGCGGGCAAUGAAUGAAAUAAAUGCAGCUGCAAGGCUGAGGGUGGCAGCAAAAGAGAAGGCAGAGGCUGAGAAGAUUCUCCAAAUUAAGCGAGCUGAGGGUGAGGCUGAAGCAAAGUAUCUUGCUGGACUGGGUAUUGCUCGUCAGAGACAAGCAAUCGUAGAUGGAUUAAGGGAUAGUGUGCUGGGUUUCUCUGAAAAUGUACCGGGCACCACUGCAAAAGAUAUUAUGGACAUGGUCCUUGUCACUCAAUAUUUUGACACAAUGAAGGAAAUUGGUGCUGCCUCUAAAUCGUCUGCCGUGUUUAUUCCCCAUGGACCUGGUGCUAUUCGUGAUGUUGCUUCUCAGAUUCGUGAUGGACUUCUCCAGGCUUCUGCCCAUACCAGUGGCUGAGCUCCAUCCUACAUGUCCAGCUUCAUGGCCUCAUGGCUUUGUGUUAGACAGGAUCUUUAUAAGCAUCAGUGGUGGUUUUCUCUCUCUGCCCCUCUCUCCAUAUGUAUGUAAAAUUUAUCUACAGUUUCCUUGUGCAAAAAGCUUGUAAGUAAACACAGCAUCAAACGCGUAAUACGCUGUAAAUUGAACUUCGUAUUUAUAUGUUUGUAUUGUUUUCCAAACCUAGUUGAUACUGUUCAUGUUUUUGAGUUAGUAGUGAACUUUUUUCUUUA